AUGGCUUCCUUUGGAUGGAAAAGGAAGAUUGGUGAGAAGGUCUCAAAGGUCACGUCCCAGCAGUUUGAAGCUGAAGCUGCUGAUGAGAAGGAUACAGUCGGGAAAGAUGAAGGUAUCUGGCUUCAUGCUGUUAAACGGAGGAAAGAAAGUCUCCUUGAAGGCUGUGCCGAGAAAAGCAAACAGCUGAAGGAUGAAGGAGCCACUUUGGCUGAAAAUAAAAGAUACCGAGAGGCGAUUCAGAAGUGGGAUGAAGCACUACAGUUAACCCCAAAUGAUGCUACCCUGUAUGAGAUGAAAUCACAGGUCCUAAUGUCUCUUCAUGAAAUGUUCCCAGCAGUUCAUGCUGCAGAAAUGGCUGUCCAGAGAAAUCCACAUUCAUGGGAAUCUUGGCAGACUUUGGGGCGUGCUCAACUUGGAUUAGGAGAGAUAGUCUUGGCAAUUCGAAGUUUUCAAGUAGCCCUUCACAUCUAUCCAAUGAACCCUGAGAUAUGGAAAGAAGACCUUUCUUGGGCAAGAACACUCCAGGAGCAGCAGAAAGUAGCAGAGAGGAUUAAAAAGAGUGAAGUGCCAGCAGAAGUAACACACUUCUCACCCAAGUCAAUUCCUGACUAUGACUUUGAAAGUGAUGAGGUUGUUGCUGUUUGUGCAGCUAUUGCUGAAAAACAGAAGACAGUUGCAGCAAAUAAAACAAUGGUUAUCGUGUCAGCUUCUGGGACUGUAGAGACUGUGACCGAGAAGGAAGAUGGUGCUGCACCCCCAGAUGGCUCUGUUUUUAUCAAAGCCCGAUGA